UGGGUAAUUAGGCACCUGUAAAACAGUCUGUUCCACUCGCCUUCAGAUGAAACCUUACUUGGCUGGCUAAUCCGAGCAAGCCCGCAAACUUCCCAGGUCGCGGUGCCUUUGGGAGGAUCGCUGCGAGUCAAUCAGUCGGGGAGAGCUGUCUUCACGGUGCUCACUUUGAGCUUCAACCCAGCGAGACAUCAUGUACGGGCUGCUGUGCGAGAGUCUGCACGACUUCAUCAAGGAGUCGUACGGAGAUGAUGUGUGGAAGCUGGUCAGGGAGAGAGCAGAUGUCAGGCUGCACUCCUUUGUCACCCACCAGGUGUAUAGCGAGAGCGUGAUACCCCGUAUCGCGAAGGCAGCCAGUGGAGUGACAGGGACGCCCUACAAUGAGCUGAUGAACUCCUGGGGCGUCUAUUUCCUGGGCUUUGUGGGGAAGUACGGCUAUGACAGGAUCCUCAAGGUGUUGGGCCGCCAUGUACGUGACUUUGUCAACGGCCUCGACAACCUCCAUGAAUACCUGCGCUUCAGCUACCCCAAGGUGCAGCCCCCGACCUUCUUCUGCCAGGAGGAGUCUGCUACUGGAGUCACCCUGCACUACAGGAGUAAGCGUAAAGGCUACCUGCACUAUGCCAUGGGUCAGCUGAGGCAGAUGGGGAAGCAGUUCUACGACACGGACAUCCAAGUGGAGGUGAUGUCUGAGCAGAUUGUCGGAGACUACUCCCACGUCACCAUGAGGCUGAACUUUGACAACUCAGCCUACCGCUACAUCAUGAAGGAGGAUGAGGAAGAGCAGGAGAUUUUGCCCAUUACCUCAGAUUUCUUCUUUGAGGUCUUCCCCUUCAAUAUUGUCUUCAGACAGGACAUGGUGGUGCACAACGUGGGCUCGGGCCUGUCUACGGUCUUCCCUGAUCUGGAUGGGAAGAAAAUCACAGACGCCUUCUUGCUCGCUCGCCCCCUAGUGGAGUUCAACUGGAACAUGAUCAUCUCCCACCCCAACAACGGCUUUGAGAUCAUGUCCAAGGAGCCAGUGAAGAGAGAGAGGAACCUUCACAACCGAGUCCAAAAUACUGACUAUGAAAAUGCCAAUCGUACCGCUGACGUCGAUGUGGAGCUCAUGGCUUUCCAGUCCAUCAUUGGAGAUGAUUACAAAGACGGUAACAGCGCUAACGCGAUGGAGAGCUGGGGCGAUGGGACACGCUGCCUGAAACUAAAAGGACAAAUGAGAUACAUGCCAGAAUGGGAGUCCAUCAUCUUCCUGGGAACUCCUGUGAUGGAGAGCCUGAGUGCCAUGUUCAGGACCGGCCUGUACAUCAACGACCUGAGCAUGCACGACUCCAGCAGGGACCUGGUGUUGGCGGGGACUCAGCAGUCAGAGGAGCUGAAGAGAGCUCUCAUACAGGAGCAGAAGAAGUCCAGCAAGCUGGAGGAGAGCAUGAAGAUGUUGGAUUAUGAGAUGAAGAAGACUGAUGACCUUCUCUACAGGAUGAUUCCCAAGCCGGUGGCCAAGAGGCUCCGCAAAGGAGAGCCUGCUGUGAACACUUGUGAGGUGUUCCCAGAUGUGACCAUUCUCUUCAGCGAUGUUGUGGGUUUUACCCGCAUUUGCAGCCACAUCACCCCGAUGCAGGUGGUCUCCAUGCUCAACACCAUGUACACGCUGUUUGACACGCUCAGCGAGAAGCACCGCGUCUUCAAGGUCGAGACCAUUGGAGAUGCCUACAUGGUGGUGGCUGGGGCUCCGGAGAAAACCAAGUACCACGCUCACAACAUUUGUGACAUGGCCCUCGACAUGGUGCGCUCCAUCGACCACCUGAAGGAUCCCUCCAACGGCAACCACAUACAGAUUCGUGUUGGGAUCCACUCUGGCAUGGUUGUGGCAGGUGUGGUUGGACAUAAGAUGCCACGUUACGGUCUGCACGGGGACACGGUCCACACCGCGUCUGCCAUGGAGAGCAACGGCAAGGAGAUGCACAUUCAGCUCACCAGCGCCACCUAUGAGCACCUGAAAGGAAGCCACUUCAUUUUCGAAAGGAGGGGCAUCAUCACCAUCAAGGGGAAUGUUGAAAUCGAGACGUACUGGCUGAAAGGCAAGAGGGACAAGGACGGGAACGCUCAGGCGGCGUGUCCGCAGUUUGAGAUUCAGACCAUCAGCAAGGCCAACAUCAAAGCCCCCGAGGCCAAACGAGCUGAGGAGGGAAUGGUCUUUCCUCUGGGUGCGGGGGACGGCAAGGACGAUGCCAAGUCUAUUCCCUCUCACCGCAUCAAGAUGGAGAUUUCAGGCCAUUCAGCGGAGGAGAAGAUGGAGGAGGGCCGCAAAGAGGAGAUGUCCGGUCAUAAGGCCCACCACAAGGACACUUUGCAGGACGGCCACAGGGACCCUCACCUGGAUCGGAACUCGCCCGAGUCUGACGGCCGAGACUCCAUCGCGGAGUCCCACGCCAGCUCCUGCGACUCCCACUCCUCCAAGAGUGCCAUGUGCUCCGUGUCGUGAACCCAAGCGGAGGCUAGCUAAUGCUAUCGCUAGUAAUUCUACCACUUCUGAAGCGCUUUUUGUCCAACUCACUCAAAGCAGGGAACGUUAGGCCCAACACCAGAUAGAAAUGCAGGGAUUUAGCUGUUAUUGUUUGCCUUUUUUUCUGAGGCUUGUUUUUUAAAUUGGUGAUUUCAUGGCAACCUCUGUUUGACAUGUUGUUUGUACAUGGACCAGACCGUAAAGCUUUAGAUCUCUAGUGGUUGUGUGUGGCGUUAGAACUGCACAGUGAAGAUCAUGCUCAUUUAGCUCGGACAAUACUGACACAAAUCAGGGUUCACUUUGCACUGUGAUUGUUUGGAGCAGCUGCCUCAGGGCGAUCGCCACUGAAAGAUUUUGCUGUGCACCCGUAUUGUAAUUUGUUUUAGCACCGAAAAGUCUUCGCUGCCUCGUGGACACCCGCUUGGUAAUUUCCUGCACUGUUUGUCCUGCUGUACCUCAGAGGUUUGACAUCGUGUUUUCAUCCCGUGAGAAAAGAGGUCCCUCUCCUCCCUCGCCCUCCUCGCGUCUGAAUUCAUUAUUCUUUCUCGGUCUCGUCACAUCCACGGCCCCGGCACAAUGUAAACGCUUGUCAGCUCACUGGAAAUAAAGAGAGAUGACUGCUAGGCUGCCUGUGGUUCCGUUCGUUAUUGUUUGUCUUGUCUUGUCACUCCGAGGCUUUCGCGUCCAUACUCACAUUAACAUUUGCAUAUGUUUUACAUUUCUUUUUAUUAAACACAUUUCUCCAUGGAUCAGUGUACAGUAUACAUGGACAUGAUUUAUUGUGUGUCAUGAUUUGCAUGCAUGUGUUUACCCAUCUUACUUGAACUCCAGUCAACUUUGCCUGGUAAAAGAUACAUGUCCUUUUGUUUAAGCUUUUGUGAUCGCCUCGUGUUCCUAGGUUAAAACAGGUUCAUAUAGAUAUCAUGUCAAGCCACACGGGCCAUGAAUGCUAAGCCAAGAACAGCAACAAUCCUAACAUAAAGCAAAUAUGAGUUAUCCUAAUCCAGAUUCCCACUCAGACAACGUUCCCCACUGUCUGGCCGUCUGAUGAACUUCUCUUGAAGGUGGCGUCCUCACGCUCUGGGCUGCAUCCGCUGGCUCUGUGCGAGUCUUUAGGCGACGGGCUGAUGGAGCAGUGGAGGCAGAACGUGUACGCGAAGGCCAGAAGCAGCAGCAGGCAGACCACGCAAAAAAUGACAGUGAUCAGGAUGGUGUGCACUUGCAUGUGCAGCUCCUCCGACGGGAGCUGGGUGGUGGUGGUCAGGGCGCCGAGGUUCAAUGAUGUAGCAUUGAACCUGGGCUGUGCAGUCACUGCGGGCAGGUGAGGCUUCAUGGAGGUCAGGGGGGGCACUUCCGGCAUGAUGGGACGAUGUGUGUCCUUUGUGGGUUGGAAUUUUGUCUUUGAUCCUUAAGGAGAGAGACAUCCUUUACUUUGGUUUAUAUUAUGUUGAAGUCAAUAUUCAUGUUAACACAGUCGUGAUAUUAAAAAUAAGGUUUUGUCUCUUUCUCAGCAUAAUACAGUAAUUAGCAAUGUAAAGCUUAUUAAAACAAUUCAAACAUAGAAACAUAUUUCCAUACGGUAUUUUAAAAAGCAGCUGGUUAAUUGUCUGGAUCAAAGAUGAGCAGUCUUUUGACAGCUCUGAAUCAUUUGUUCUUACCUGGACUGAGUGGUUGCAGCGUGUCUUGAUGAGCAGAGCUCAGGAAAAAUGAGAGCAAUGGAGGACCACAGAGAGGGGGGGGAGGGGGGGCUGGACUGAAUGAGAGAGGCUGCUGGACCACAAACAACAGGGAGCCAUGGUUGCCAUGGCAACAAUUGCUGAAGGGCCACUAAUAUGAAACUGAUGUCAUAAAGCCUCAAGAAUGUGUUUUACAAUACACACACGGAGAUAUCAGGGGAUUUGAAACAGGCGAAAGAGCAGUGAAACACUUUCAGUGUUUUAACUACACAAUGCAUGGCCCGACCAGUGUGAGUCAAAAGCAUCAAAUAAAAUCUGUAAAAUUGA